UCGAUAACAUUUAUCGGCUAGCAGCAACGCGGUGUGGGUUUCGUUCGGUUUUCCUACAUUUUCACCUGGCAUUUGCUUUGCAAUUUAAUAUAGACUGCAUUUAAGAUGGCUGGCAAGCGACAGGCCACCUCGAACCUGAACCACGACAACUGGGACCAGGAGGAGGAGCCCGAGGAGCGCGGCACUUUCCGCACAGCCACCGAGGAGGAGCUGAAGACACGCGUUAUCAAGAAGGCGCGCCGCAAGAUAGUCGGCGGAUCCGCCGGCCCUGGCGAGGAUGCCGCCGAUGAGCCGCCUGCAGAGCCCAAGAGCGUUUUCAGCGGAUUCUCCGGUUUCGGCAAGCCGGCUGCAACCGCGGCAGCUUCAUCGCCAUUCUCCUUUCUGGCCAACCUGCCGGCCAGUACCACUAACACUAAGGCCUCCUCCACCAGCGAGCCAGCCAAGCCCUUCGUGGCCAGCUCCAGUGCGGCCGAUAAGCCGGUCAGCUCGAGCAUUUUUGGCAGCGUCACCUGCAAAGCCCCGCCCUCGGUCAAAGAAUCGACAAGUACCACCGCUGGCGCCAAGCCGACAACUUCGAUUUUCGACAACAUAUCAGUGACUAAGAAGCAAAGGGGCGAACCGAAAUCGUCGCUGGAUAGCAGCAGUGGGAAACCGGCCAGCGUCACCUUGGAGUCCUCCCAGUACCGAGAGAGCGUGGCCGAGCUGAAUCGGGCCGUCAUGAAGUUCCUCCAGGAACACAUGGACAAGAGUCCCUACUGCAUACUAACGCCAGUGUUCAAAAACUACGAGAAACACCUAAAGGAGCUGCAGGACGAGGAGAGCGCUAGAACAAACUCCACGAAGGCAACACCACCACCGCCACUUUUUGAAGUCCCAGCUGCGGUCGUGCCCACUGCAUCGUCGCCAUCAAAGCCGGCUGUCGCGUUUUCGUUUGGCAAGCCCAGCACCACAUCGGCCUUCGGCAAGAAACUCAACUGCACUGUUACCAGUGGUGGGACGACUACCACAUCCACUAUACCGCUAUUCUCCUUUAGCAGUUCGGCAGCUUCCAGUGGAUUGUCGCCGUCCUCCGCCAAAAUAGCAGCUCCUGCCACCAGUAUCUUUAGUUUGGCCUCAAAGCCUGCGGGGGAAGUCAAGGCCGAUGAUGCACCUAAACCCAGCAUUUUCAGUUUCGGGGCGAAGGAUACCAUCACCAAAAAGGAUGAUACUUUGGCCCCGCCACCGAAAACUAAUGGUUUUAGUUUCGGGCUAAAGAGCAACAGCGACGACAAGCCCAGUACCUCAUUGUUUGCAGAAUUUGGCAAAGCUCCCGACCGAGCUGGAGAUGGCAUAAAGGGUUUUUCGUUCACCGCCAGUGCCCCACCCUUCUCCUUCGCAAGCAUCCAGCCGCCAGCAGCAGCUGUGACCAGCGGAGAAGCUGAGGAUGAGGAAGACAAGCCGCCAAAGGUCGAGUUCAAACAGGUAGUGGAGGAUGACGCCGUUUUCUCGAAACGGUGCAAGGUGUUUAUUAAAAAGGAAAAGGAUUUUGGGGACCGCGGCGUGGGCACGCUGUACUUGAAGCCGGUUAAGGGCAUGGAGAAGACCCAGCUUCUCGUGCGCGCCGACACCAAUCUCGGCAACAUCCUCGUCAACCUCAUUCUGACCGAGGGAAUACCCUGCCAGCGUAUGGGCAAGAACAACGUGAUGAUGGUCUGCGUACCCACGCCAGAGGACUCUAAGGCCACAUCCCUGUUGCUGCGUGUGAAGACUGGCGACGAGGCCGACGACUUGCUGAAAAAGAUCAAGGAGCACAUCAAAUAGGGGAUACACAGCUAACAAAAAAUAUUUCGUACUUCUAAAUGUUGUUUAAUCGGUUAUAUUUUAAAAACUAAAAAUACGAGUCCCUGGAAAUAGAACACAAGAAUGUACACAAAAUCA